CGAACACGCUUUGGAAACCCGUCUCGCACGCACACCACAACUCCACAAGCGAGGGACCCGGGGCGGGGCAGGAGAAAAAAAAAAGAGGGAGAGAAGGCGUCUCUCUCUCUCUCCUCUCGCCGUCCCCAACCUCUCGUCUUCGCUGCCUGCGGAAGGUGGGGAGCCUUCGCUUUUCCGCGUGAAUUUUUUCGGGCGAAUUUUUUUCGGCCUCCGCUCCGGUCAGAUCGGCGCGGGAGUUUGUCAUGGCAUCGAAGCGUAUCCUGAAGGAAUUGAAGGACCUGCAGAGAGAUCCCCCCACAUCAUGCAGUGCAGGUCCUGCCGGUGAGGACAUGUUUCAUUGGCAAGCAACAAUUAUGGGACCGCCUGACAGUCCCUAUGCUGGUGGUGUUUUCUUAGUGAACAUUCAUUUCCCGCCAGAUUACCCCUUCAAACCUCCGAAGGUGUCUUUCAAGACAAAGGUCUUCCAUCCUAAUAUCAACAGCAAUGGAAGUAUAUGCCUUGACAUUCUUAAAGAGCAGUGGAGCCCUGCUUUGACAAUUUCUAAGGUCUUGCUCUCCAUCUGCUCCCUGCUAACUGACCCCAACCCGGACGAUCCUCUUGUCCCCGAGAUUGCCCACAUGUACAAGACGGACCGGCCGAAGUAUGAGUCGACAGCCCGCAGCUGGACGCAGAAAUAUGCGAUGGGCUGACAAAGCACCUCCGCAUGUCAAUCAGCGACGAUUCCCGUGUCGUCUCAAGAAAUUGUUUGUGGGCCAUUAUUUCCUUCGAUUUGUCGCUGGUCGUGUGUAUCCCCGAUCCAUGUAGGAUCGUAUUGUAGUCGAUGUCCAACUACCAUCCAUAGUGAGAUGGUCGGACAUGCUUUGCUUAUGCACUUAUGCUUGCUGGGAACCUUGGUGUUGGGAUCGGUGUUACUCGGUAAUUGUUCAUCGGAGAUUUCUAUUUCGUUGCCUGUGUCUAAUGCAUGUCCAUGUGAAUCAUUUUUAAUGUA